AUGUCAAACUACCAGUACAACCCUCCACAGGAGUCCCCUGAAGAGGAAGAUGAGUUCCGCUUUCCGAUGUUCGAUCUGCCAACAACAACCCCAGUGACUUACGACCCAUACGGCUCAAUACCGGUGACCAAUACCAGCACACCUCACUUCUUCCAUGAUGGUCCUGCUGUCUUUCAAGAUGUGGAUCCGUUCCAAGGCAGCUACGAGUUAGACUCCUCUCGGAUACGACCAUGGGCGACACCUGUGCUGCCCUCAAACUAUCCUCUGCCUCAGACACUUGCGGAGACGCAGUCUUCGGCGUACAACGAACCAUUCAACACUUACAGACAGAACUCAGUGACUGCUGGUCCAUCGUACGCUGCGGCCGGGUAUCUGUCACCAGACGAAGCUGGUAUGACAAGAACUUCACGAGCCACUUCUUUCGUAUCGACCGCCAGCUCCGCUCCAAGCCUGUCGCGGUCGGAUAUGUCGCGAAGCGUAUCGCCAACACAAGGCGAAAUGGCCAGAUGGGGUGUCAAGCAGGAUGACGGCAGCUGGAAAUGUGCCUACCAAGGCUGCACUUCCAAAUCCAUCUUCCACAGAGGUUGUGACCUGCGCAAGCACUUCAAGCGUCAUACUAAGACUCUGUUUUGCCGGCAUAGAGGGUGCAACCAGGCGACUGGGGGUGGUUUCUCGAGCAAGAAAGAUCGAGCGCGCCACGAGGCGUCGCAUAAUCCGACAAUCGUAUGCGAAUGGGACGGCUGUAACAGGUUAUUCAGCAGAGUCGAUAACAUGAAGGACCAUGUUCGACGUGUUCAUAAGAAGCGGACAUCGGAAUGA